AUGAAGACGUCGUACCAGUUUGCCAACCUGCUGGGCUCCGUCUAUACGGCGGGCAACGUCGUCUUCACUCCUGAUGGCGAGACGGUCUUGAGCCCUGUGGGCAAUCGCCUCUCCAUCUUCCACCUCGGCCGCAACACGUCGACGACGUUGCCCUUCGAGACGCGCAAGCCCAUUGCCAGGGUCGCAUUGAGCCCAACAGAUCCCGAUCUAGUCCUGGUAGCAGACGUAGAUGGUAGAAGCUUGCUCGCAGACAUUCGUCGUCGCAGCGUCAUCGCAUCCAUUCACUUCAAGCGACCGUUGCGAGCCGCCAAGUUCAGCAACGAUGGCAAAUACAUUGCCAUCUCACAUGGACCUCAAGUCCAGGUAUGGAAGGUACCCUCGACGAUUGGAAGGCAGUUCAACCCAUUCGAGCUCCAUCGAACGUACACCGGCCAUUUCGAUGAUGUCUUGUCCAUCGAGUGGUCGAGAGAUUCCAACUUCUUCCUGACGACAUCCAAGGAUCACACCUGCCGCCUCUAUUCUCGUGACCCCAUCGUCCUACCACCCGACGCCUCGCGCGAGGGCUCCGGCCCAUCGACGAUGAAGUUCCGACCCAAGACAUUCUCUGGCCAUCGCGCCCCCGUCAUCUCAGCCUUUUGGUCGCAGGACGAGCGCGAGAUCUACACCGUAGCUCGCGAUGGAGCUUGCUUUACCUGGCGAGGCAAAGACUUGAGCUCGGCGGGCAUUGACGGCGGCGACGUCGAUUCGGAGGACGAAGCAGCUCUGGCCUCGUCGGCCAUGGCAGCCGGCAACCUCACGCACGAGGCAGCCCGCAUCGCCACGACCCGUUGGGGUCUUCUCAAGCGCAACUACUUCUCGCGCCCAGACACCCGCGUCACAUGCGCCGCCUUCCAUCCUUCCUCGUCUAUCCUUGUCGCCGGCUUCUCGGAUGGCGUCUUUGGCCUGUGGACGAUGCCCUCCUUCGACUCGAUUCACACUCUAUCCAUCUCAAGCACCGACAUCUCGUCGGUCGCGCUCAACGCAACAGGCGAGUGGCUCGCAUUUGGCGCUGGCGGCUUGGGCCAGCUCCUCGUAUGGGAGUGGCAGUCAGAGAGCUACAUUCUCAAGCAGCAGGGCCACUACUUUGACAUGAACGCAAUCGCCUACACGGCAGACGGCAGCGUGGCUGCGACGGGUGGUGACGACGGCAAGGUCAAGCUGUGGAAUGUCGAAUCUGGCUUCUGCAUUGCUACCUUUUCCGAACACUCGGCGCCAGUGACGGCACUCGAGUUCUCCAAGGGCGGGGCUGGCGUCCUCUUUUCGGCUUCACUCGACGGUACCGUACGGGCAUGGGAUCUGCUACGCUACCGCAACUUCCGCACCUUCACCUCUCCCUCACCUUGCCAAUUCGGCUCUCUCGCCGUCGAGCCCAACGGAGAAGUCGUCUGCGCUGGUGGGACGGCAGACUCCUUCGACGUCUUCCUAUGGAACGUGCAGACGGGCAAGCUGCUGGAUGUGCUGUCGGGCCAUGAAGGUCCAGUGGCGUCGAUGAUGUUCUCACCCAAUGGGUCGGGUAUGCUUGCGACGACGUCGUGGGAUCGCACAUUCAGGGUGUGGGAGAUCUUUAGAAGGACGGCUACUGUCGAGCCUGUGUCGCUCAAUGCAGAGGGCUUGGCGAUUGCGUUCCGACCUGAUGGGCUGGAGGUAUGCGUGGCAACAUUGGAUGGACAGCUGGGCUUCUUCGAUGCGCGGACAGCAAAGCAGACGGCGGUCAUCGAAUGCCGCAGAGAUAUAGCAGGCGGACGCUCCGUAGACGACAAGAUUUCACGCAAUGCCAAUGCGGGUGGCGCAGCUUUCACCACGCUCAGCUACACGGCCGACGGAGGCGCCCUCUUGGCCGGUGGCAAUGCCAACUUCAUCUGCUUGUACUCGAUCGCAGAGCGCGUCCUCCUCAACCGCUGGCAGCUGUCGCUCGAUCUCAGCCUCGACGGGACACAAGAUCGCCUCGACUCUCGCAAGUUGACCGAAGCAGGGGCCGCCGAUCUCUUGGAUGUCGUUGCCAACGAGGAUGAGCUGAGCGUGCAGGAGCGCAUAGAUCGAUCGCUACCUGGCGCUCAGUCUGGUGACAUGGCUAAGCGCACUACCCGACGCAAAGCUCGCACCAAGGCCAUUCGCUUCGAUCCUACUGGCCGCUCCUUUGCAGCGGCGACUACCCUCGGUCUGCUCGUCUACAGCCUCGACGCGCCUGGUCUGCUCGCGGAGGAGACAUUCGAUCCCAUGGAUCUCGAGAUCGACCUCACGCCCUCCGCGGUACGAGGAGCAUUGGCGAAGGGCGACUGCCUCCUCGCCCUCGUCGGUGCGCUGAGACUCAAUGAGGUGCCCUUGAUGAGACAAGUCUUCGAUGCCAUUCCCAUUGAGGAAGUACCGCUCAUCCUAGCGCGCCUGCCAAAUGCGGACAAGUAUGUGCCGUCGCUACUCCGCCUCGUUGCCAUGCAGUUGCGACCGAAUGGCACCCCAAUCUUGCGCUCGACAUCCGGCUCGCCGCACCUCGAGUUCAAUUUGUCCUUCCUCUCUCACCUGCUCAGCAUCCACGGCCGCCUCAUUCAACGCAAUGCCAAUCGUGGUGAGUUUGCGACGGCGAGCAGGGCGGUAGGGGCUGCGCUCAACGAGCUACGCAAGAGCGUGAGGCGCAUGGCGGACGACGGGGUGCACGGCGCUAUGUGGAUGUGGGAUGGUUUAGGUAGAGCGGAAAAGAAGGCGAAGCAGGCGGCGGAGGAGCAAGGAGCUGGACAGGAUGGCGUCGACGAUAUCGAGAUGGCUUUGUAG